UUUCCUCAAUGACACUACUUCCUCUCCUGCAUCUGUUAGUGGCACGGACCACCCUCCAUACACACCGUGUGGGCGGUGUUGUGUGGAGCCACACCCCCACUGGCGCUGCUGCUGCUGCUGCUGCGGGACUGAGGCUGAGUCUGCCCGCUUGUUCUCAACCAGCCAGCAGAAGCAGUGAUCGGGACCGGAGUAUGAUCGCUGUCCGGAGAGCAUAGAUGUGCAAAACCCCUGGAUUAUCCGUGCGCUGGAGAGGCCAGAACCGACCGCCGUGGAGGACUGUUUUUAUCUAGUCGUCAAAAGGGAAAGAGCCACGGGGAAAGCAUGGCGGUAGAAGAGGAAGGUCUCCGGGUUUUCCAGAGCGUUAAAAUAAAAAUAGGAGAAGCAAAAAACAUCCCUCCGUACCCGGGGCCAAACAGGAUGAGGGACUGCUACUGCACUGUAAACCUGGACCAAGAAGAAGUCUUCAGGACCAAGAUCAUCGAGAAGUCACUUUGUCCGUUCUACGGGGAGGACUUCUACUGCGAGAUCCCACGCAGCUUCAGACAUCUCUCCUUCUACAUCUUCGACAGGGACGUCUUCAGGAGGGACUCCAGUAUCGGCAAGGUUGCGGUGAAGAAAGAGGACCUGCAGAAAUAUCACGGCAAAGACACCUGGUUCCAGCUGCAGCCUGUCAGCGCUGACUCAGAAGUGCAGGGAAAAGUGCACCUGGAGCUGCGUCUGAGUGAAGUCAUCACAGACAGCGGAGUCAUCAACCAUAAACUAGCCACACGUGUGUUGGAGUGCCAAGGUCUUCCGAUCGUCAACGGCCAAUGUGAUCCGUACGCUGCUGUCUCCUUACUGGGACCAUCAAGGUCGGAAGCUAAGAAGACCAAAGUGAAGAGAAAAACCAACAAUCCACAGUAUGAAGAGGUUUUCUAUUUUGAGGUGACACGGCCGUUAAGCUACACAAAGCGGCAGUUUGACGUUGAAGAGGAGGACGUGGACAAGCUGGCACUGAGGGUGGAUCUGUGGAACGCCAGCAACCUGAAGUUCGGGGACGAGUUCCUGGGAGGUGUUCGAGUUCCUCUGCGGGUGUUGGGUCAGGCUGGUGUCCAUGACGCAUGGUACUUUCUUCAGCCGAGGGAGAACGGAGGGAAGUCUGUGAAGGUAGAAGAGCUCGGCUCUCUGCGUCUGAACAUCGUUUACACAGAGGACCACGUCUUCCCCUCCGAACACUACACUCCCCUCAGAGAGCUGCUGCUGCACUCUGCUAACGUAGAGCCCGUGUCGUCGUCCACAGCUCACACUCUGGGGGAAGUGUGUCGAGAGAAACAAGAAGCCGCCAUUCCCCUCGUGCGUCUGUUUCUCCACUACGGCAAGAUUGUGCCUUUUAUCAGCUCCAUUGCUCACGCCGAAGUCAACCGCACACAGGAUCCUAACACCAUUUUCCGAGGAAACUCGCUGACUUCCAAGUGCAUUGAUGAGACCAUGAAGCUGGCAGGAAUGCACUAUCUGCAAGUCACGCUCAAACCCAUUAUAGAUGAGAUCUGCACAGAACACAAACCCUGUGAAAUUGACCCAGUGAAGCUCAAAGAGUCGGAAAACCUGGACACAAACAGGGAAAACCUCCGUCAGUACGUGGACCGUAUCUUCAACGUUAUCACCACAUCUGGCGUCCGCUGUCCCACCGUCAUGUGUGAUAUCUUCUUCUCUCUGAGAGAGUCCGCUGCCACCCGUUUUCAAGUUGACCAAGAUGUCCGAUACACGGCGGUGAGCAGUUUCAUUUUUCUGCGUUUCUUCGCUCCCGCCAUCCUCUCCCCCAACUUGUUCCAUCUACGGCCGCACCAUCCAGAUCCCGCCACCUCUCGAACCCUCACCCUCAUCUCCAAGACGAUCCAGACCCUGGGAAGUCUCGCCAAGUCCAAAUCUGCCAAUUUCAAAGAGUCUUACAUGGCUGCGUUUUACGACUACUUCAAUGAGCAGAAAUAUGCAGACGCUGUGAAGAAUUUCCUGGACCUGAUCUCCACCUCUGGGAAAUGGGAUCAGAAGAGUAUCGAAACACCAAUCAUGCUCAAAGAGGGAUUUAUGAUAAAGAGGGCACAGGGGAGAAACCGGUUUGGAAUGAAGAACUUCAAGAAGAGAUGGUUUCGCCUCACCAAUCACGAGUUUACCUACCACAAAACGAAAGGUGAGGGCGCUCUGUGCAGCAUUCCCAUAGAGAACAUUCUGGCUGUAGAGAGGCUUGAAGAGGAGUCUUUCAAGAUGAAAAAUAUGUUCCAGGUCAUUCAGCCGGAGCGGGCGCUCUACAUCCAGGCCAACAACUGCGUGGAGGCGCGUGAUUGGAUCGACAUCCUGACCAAAGUCAGCCAGUGCAACCGCAAACGCCUAAGCACCUACCAUCCUUCAGCCUACCUCAACGGCCACUGGCUCUGCUGCAAGCUCUCGGCGGACACGGCCUCCGGGUGCACCCCCUGCACCGGCGGCCUCCCGGCAAACAUCCAGCUGGACGUAGACGGCGACAGAGAGACCGAGAGGAUUUAUUCCCUGUUCAGCACAUACAUGAGCAAACUGAUCAAGAUGCAAGAGGCCUGUGGCAGUAAGUCUGUGUACGACGGGCCCGAACAGGAGGAGUACUCCAGCUUUGUCAUCGAUGACCCCCAGGAGACCUACAAAACCCUGAAACUAAUUGUUUCAGCCGUGCAAACCUUGGAGCAGCAGCACACCAAGUACAAGCGUGACAAGUUCAAGAAGACAAAGAUAGGCAGCCAGGAGCAUCCGAUUGGAGACAAGAGUUUUCAGUGCUACAUCCGCCAGCAGUCUGAGAGCUCCACCUACUCCAUCUAGCCCCGUGUACUGUCUCUAUGAUGCCCAGAACCAGCAUAUUUUCUUAACUGCAAAAAAAAAAGCCAUCUUAACAAUGCU